AUGCCAGAACCAAAAUACCUCGAAGAACAUGUAAAUUUUGUUCAUCCGGAAUGGACACGGUCGCAGGCUACUGGUAAUGAUGCGGGUGGUUAUACCGUCGAAAUCGAAGCGAAUCAGCGCCAUAUCAACCUGAACAGCAAUUUAGAUGCUAAGAUCCAGAAUCCAUUAUCUGGAAUUCCAACGACGUUACUAUACGAUCAGGUUAAAGCAUUUGCAACUAAGCAUCAAUUGCUCAGUGUCCUUCCAAUAUUGAUUAAAGGGGCGCUGGUGGCACAAGAUCCAACAAAUUACGAAGAUAUUAGAGGUGAAAAUGCCCUAAAUGAAGAAGAGAUUGAAUGCUUGAGGGACGAAAUCCUUCAUAAAUGGAAACAGCCAUGGGCGUUGUAUAUCACUAUUAUUACAUGUUCCAUUGCUGCCGUUCAAGGAUGGGACCAAACAGGCUCAAACGGUGCAAAUCUAUCGUUCCCGGACCUCUUCGACAUUGGAGGGAAAUCUACCCGCGAUACAAUGCUGGUCGGACUCUGCAAUGCCGCCCCAUAUAUCAGCAGCGCAUUUGUAGGUUGUUGGAUUUCUGAUCCUCUCAAUAAUUAUUUCGGACGCCGGGGAACCAUCUUUGUUGCCGGAAACUUCUGUCUGUGGAGUGUGAUUGGCAGUGCGUUCACGACAACAUGGCAAGAACUUUUUAUUUGCCGUCUUAUACUCGGACUCGGGAUGGGUGCGAAGGCUUCGACAGUUCCGGUAUAUGCGGCGGAAAACUCACCUGCAGCCAUUCGAGGUGCGCUCGUUAUGUCUUGGCAAGUAUGGAAUGCUUUCGGGAUCUUUCUUGGCUUUUGCGCAAAUUUAAUAGUUGCCAACGUUCCUCGAAUAGCCUGGCGUCUUCAACUCGGCUCUGCAUUCAUACCCGCUGUGCCUCUUUGUAUCCUUAUCUUUUAUUGCCCAGAAAGUCCCCGCUGGUAUAUGAAGAAGGGACGAUAUCCAGAAGCAUAUCAAUCUUUGUUGAAACUUCGUAACAAUCCUCUACAGGCUGCGCGUGACCUCUACUAUAUCCAUUCCCAGCUUGAACUGGAGGCAGAGAUUGUUGGAAACCAUACUUACUUGACACGGUUUACACAGUUGUUCACAGUGCCUCGGUUAAGAAGAGCGACGCUAGCUAGCUUUACAGUCAUGUUGGCUCAACAAAUGUGUGGAAUCAAUGUCAUUGCGUUUUAUUCAUCGACUGUCUUUCAGAAAGCUGGUGCUGGCAGGAUUAAUGCACUUUUAGCUUCAUGGGGGUUUGGUCUAGUUAAUUUUAUCUUUGCAUGGCCAGCUAUAUGGACAAUUGAUACUUACGGCAGACGAACGUUGUUGUUAUUUACGAUUCCCAACAUGGCUUGGAGUAUACUUGCCGUGGCACUUUGUUCAUUGAUACCGGACUCCAGCCGAGCACAUCUAAGCCUUAUGGCACUGUUUAUAUAUGUCUAUGCUGCUUUCUAUAGCCCCGGGGCAGGUCCAGUUCCAUUUACCUACUCUGCUGAGGUGUUUCCGCUAUCACAUCGUGAAGUUGGAAUGGGUUGGGCUGUUGCUACGAACUUCUUUUGGGCCGCUGUAUUAAGCAUUACUUUGCCUAGAAUGCUUGAUCUCUUUACUGUUGCCGGAACUUUCGGUUUCUACGCUGGAUUAAAUAUCAUAUCAUUAUGCAUGAUAUUCCUGUGGGUACCGGAGACCAAGCAACGUACACUCGAAGAAUUAAAUUUUGUGUUUGCUGUUCCCACGCGUACACAUAUGCAUUACCAGCUUACUAGAGCCCUACCAUGGUGGAUAAAACGAUAUUUAUUGCAGCAGAAAUACGCAACCCUCGAACCACUAUACGAUUUUGAAAAACCAAUAGGCCAACGAGAAAUCGACGAAUUAUACGAAAAUGAUAGGUUGAGAGCCCAGAGGAGACAGGAUAGUGAGUGGAUGGCAAAGCGUCAAAAACAAAGCUUUGUUGGAGGGGGGAGGUCCUGA